AUGCUGAGAGCGUACUACAAGAAUGCCCUUGUCUGGAAAUACAUACUCCCAAAUCUGGUUGAUGACGAUGUUUUUCAUUUUAUGCUGCAAUGGCCAGCUCUCAAGAAGGCACCAACUGGGCGAGAUGGCGCAUACUACACUAAAGAUCCAUUGGACUUUGUUACUCUGUACUUCAAGCAGAAGAAACCGCAAGCAACUUGA